AUGCACAAACAAAUUACAGCAGAACUCAUAUUUCCUUUUACAGAUUCAAAUGUGUUUCAAGAUCAUGGCUUUCAUCGGCGUGGAUACCAAUUGAAGCAAUGUUCUGUUAGUUCUUUACUGUAUGCAGCCACAGCUGUACUUUCUGACAUUGAUUAUCCGCUGAAAAGUUCAGAUAAGUCGGUUAGUGUUGUGGGUUCUUGCUUCGGUUUGGUUUGCAUCUCUUUUGACACGGGAAAAGAUUUGUUCUUGUGGAACCCUUGUACUAAAAGAUCUAAGAAUUUGCAUGAUAGUUAUAUGGAAAGGAAAAAAUGCCGUUUUGAUUUGUUAGGGUUUGGUUAUGAUGAAGUGAAUUAUGAUUACAAGGCUGUCAGGAUACGUGUUAAGUUAGGCGCGCCUUUCUUCGGAGGUGGACGUCUCCCAUAUGUAACUGAAGUUAGAGUGUAUAGUCUAAAGAAUGAUUCAUGGAGUCGGAUUCGACUUUGUGAAGAUGUUGUUCCUUCUUGGGGUUCAGGCUACUUUGCAGGUGGAAAUCUUCAUUGGGUUGUAGCCACAAGUGGUGCUGAUAGCUGGAAAUUUCUUAGCUUCGAUUUGGCUAGUGAGACAUAUGGCGAAAUUGAGUGGCCACGUUCCAAAGAUCAUCUGGAUGAUUGGUCAGCUGGGGUUUUAGGAGGCUGUCUAUGUGUGCUUUAUGAUUAUGAGAAAAUUGAUGUGGAUGUUUGGGUAAUGAAGGAAUAUGGAGUAAAAGACUCAUAA